UGAACACAUUCUAGAACACGCAGUUCACCAAGCGCACCCCCCGAAAACAGACCUCACUCAAUGCAGACCAAGGCGACUAAGCAAGACAAUUCUACUUCUUUUUUCAAACACCAGAUGCGUGUGAUCCCGAGCCACAAAGGACUGAGCCGGAAUACCGAAAAGCGAGCUGACGCUGGACGACGUCGAGGAAAGGCUUGAAUAACCAACUGAAAACCACACACACACACGCCUCACGCCUCGACCCGAUUGCCGGAAUCGCACGUAUUCUGAGAUUUGUUUUAUUUUGAUUGAUUUUCCAAUUUUGACCUCCAUCACCGUUUCGAGCAGCCGGCGGACCAAGGCGGCUCGAUGAAUUCCAAGGCCACCCCCGCGCUCAAUACUGUGCGUGGCUUCAACGGAACUCCGGCCGUCUCUGGCGACGAGGACUCGGACUACUGCCCUACUCCUCAGGCUGGCGGCAAGGGCCGUUCCAAGCGAUCCAAGAAACCCCCUGCCAUCAACGAUGUUGUCAGUGCCAAUUGCAGCCCGGUGGUCCGGCCGGUGGUCCCUCAGGGCGGCCUGAGCGGCAUCAGCAAGCUGCGGAUGCAGCUCGGUGGCCUCAACAUUUCGACCAAUAAUGCAGCUAACUCGACAGCUGCCUCAUCGCGCACGACCUCUCUGACUUGUAGCGAGAGCCUCCGCUCCCUUCACACCAGCGAUGCUACGACCGACAGCAGUGGCCGAGACAGCGGCUACAAGAGCCGAACCGAAAGCGUCAUCAACAGCGAAGACGAGACCGCAUCGCAGGACAGCAGCCGGUACGAAAUUGAACUGGAGAACGACUUCGUGAGCGAGGCCAACGGCCGCACCGUUGAGGCCGCUGUUCCCUCCCGUCGUAAGAUGACCGCGGACGACUUUGAGCAUCUCCGGUGCCUUGGGAAGGGAGCCUACGGAACCGUUUUAUUGGUCAAGCACCGCGAGACUGGACGGCUGUAUGCCCAAAAGCAGUUCAAGAAGGCCUCGCUUGUCGUCCACAAGAAGCUGGUCGAGCAGACCAAGACCGAGCGCCAGAUCCUGGAGAGCGUCAAUCGGCACCCCUUCGUUGUCAAAUUGUACUACGCCUUCCAGGACCAGGAGAAGUUGUACCUGAUUCUCGAGUACGGCCAGGGUGGCGAGCUUUUCACCCACCUGAGUAUGGAGAGGAUGUUCUCCGAGGAGACGGCCGCGUUCUACAUGGCCGAAAUGGUCCUCGCGCUGACCCACCUGCACGCUAACUUGGGUGUGGUGUACCGUGAUCUCAAGCCGGAGAACUGCCUCCUCGACGCCCAGGGCCACCUGCUUCUAACCGAUUUCGGCCUCUCCAAGGUUGCGGUCGAUUCCGAUGCGUGUAACUCGAUGCUCGGUACUGUCGAGUACAUGGCGCCCGAGGUGAUCCAGGGCAAGAAGUACGGCAAGGCGGUCGACUGGUGGUCGCUUGGGGCGCUGGGAUUUGACCUCAUGACGGGACACCCCCCUUUCCGUGGCCCGAACCAUGCCAAGAUCCAGGACAACAUUCUGCGCCAAAAGCUGGCCAUGCCCUUCUUCCUCAGCGCCGACGCGAAGGAUCUGCUCACGCGCCUGCUACGCAAGGACCCGGCCAAACGUCUCGGCUCCAACAUGCCCAAGGACUUGGACAUCAUCAAGAAGCAUCGCUUUUUCCGCAAGAUCGACUGGAAGCGGCUCGCCACGCGCGAGCUGGAGCCGCCCAUCCAGCCGCUCAUCACGGACCCGGAGCUGGCAGAGAACUUCUCAUCCGAGUUCACCGAGCUCUGCCUGAGCCCGGUCGUGACCCGCUUUGCGGACGCGGCUGGCGGUGGUUUCGAAGGCGGCAGCGGCAGCGCCAAGGACGAUCCGUUCGGCGGCUUCAGCUUUGUCGCAUCGAGCAGCCUGCUGGAGAGCCAUGGGUUCAGACUUUCAACUUAGACUUGGACGCCCCGCUUGUGAAGCGCAGCACGGCUGACGCAGUUGAUUCCUUGUUGCGGGUGACCUUGCUGAGCUGGAAGCUUGCGACCUGUGGAACCAGGAGAUGGGUGAGGGUUGACCGGUUGGUUUGCUUGGGGGAAGUUCACUUGGAGAUCAGGCGGGAGAAGGGAGCGGCAGCAGGGAGGGCGGGGAAUCCGUGCCCUCGGUGCUGAUCACUGAUGGCCUACCUGCCGGGCUUUUUUGGAGGGCAAUGGAUAUUGCAGCUGCUGAUGACCGCCCUUUUCACACGCUUUCGAUCACUGUCUUGCGGUCCUUCGCUCUGGAUAUAGAGCGGCAGAUGUCCUACUGGGUACCAUAGAGCUCACUGAUAUCAUGCGCUGAUCCCACAGUCCCGAUU